UUCCCAGGAAGCCGUCAUCAUUUUGGGGCAGAACCGGUUCCUUCUUCCGCAAACAGAGUUCUGCUUCUGGUUCUCUGCUCCUCCAGGCAGCGGAGCCUCCGCUCCGACAUUAAUGACUGAAUGACCGGCAGCAUGACGGCCAACAGCCGCUGUUCGGCCGCGGAGCCUCCGGGUCUGGAGACCCAGCGGCGGGAGAUCGAAAGCCUGCUGCGGGACAGCGAGCUCAGGGCUGGGGACAGCUGGUACAUUGUGGACCGGCGCUGGUUCGAGCAGUGGAGGGAGUUUGUGGAGAGCGGAGACCAGAACUCAUCGUCCUUCCCGGGUCGGAUCGACAACGCAGAGCUGUUUGAGGACCUGGACUCGUUCCACCUGAAAGAGCGGCUGGUGGAGAACGAGGACUUCACGCUGGUGCCGGCGGCGGCGUGGAACAAGCUGCUGCUGUGGUACGGGAUGAUGGACGGACAGCCGGCGCUGGAGCGGAAGGUGGUGGACCUGCCCAGCACCAUGAAGGUGGAGGUGUAUCCUGUGGAGGUCUUCCUGUGUCUCCAUAGCAACAUGGAGAACAUGGUCAGCGCGCGUUUCAGCCGCACCGACAGCAUCUGUGCGGUCCAGUCGGCCGUGUGCCGGGCCUUCUCGGUUCCUCCGGGCUCAGAGUGCCGUCUGUGGAUGAAGAGCUCCGACAGCAGCUGCGAGCGGCUGAGGAACGUCCACAUCAGCGUUCUGGACUCCUGCCUGAGCUCCGGGAUGACGGUGAUCAUGGAGACCAGGAACGCCGACGGGACCUGGCCCAGUUCCAGACCUCAGAUCAUGAGGAGCUCUGAGGACCAGGACUCGUACCGAGGACAGCCGGGGGUCUGCGGUCUCACCAACCUGGGAAACACCUGCUUCAUGAACUCUGCCCUGCAGUGCCUGAGCAACACGCCCCCUCUGACCGAGUACUUCCUCCAGAGCUCCUACCUGGACGAGUUGAAUUUCACCAACCCGCUGGGCAUGAAGGGCGAGAUCGCCGAGGCGUACGCCGACAUCAUCAAGCAGAUGUGGUCCGGACGCCAUUACUCUGUGGUGCCGCGGGUGUUCAAGACCAAGGUGGGUCACUUUGCGUCGCAGUUCCUGGGCUACCAGCAGCACGACAGUCAGGAGCUGCUGUCCUUCCUGCUGGACGGGCUCCACGAGGACCUGAACCGGGUCAAAAACAAGGAGUACAUCGAGCUGCGGGACGCCGACGGACGGCCGGACCAGGAAGUGGCAGAGGAGGCGUGGCGGAACCACCUGCGGAGGAACGACUCCGUCAUCGUUGACACUUUCCACGGCCUCUUCAAGUCCACGUUGGUCUGCCCCGAGUGCAACAAGGUGUCCGUGACCUUCGACCCCUUUUGCUACCUGAGCGUCCCGCUGCCCGUCAGCAAGGAGCGCGUCAUGGAGGUCUUCUUCGUCUCUCUGGACCCCCAUGCCAAGCCGGUGCAGCAUCGGGUCGUGGUUCCUAAAGCAGGAAAAGUGUCGGACCUCUGCGCCGCUCUGUCGGAGAUGACCGGCGUCCCGCCCACACAGAUGGUCGUCGCUGACGUCUUCAAUCAUCGCUUCUAUAAAAUCUACAACCCAGACGAAUCUCUGAGCUGCAUCCUGGACCGGGACGACAUCUUUGUGUAUGAGCUGAGCGAGCAGAACGAGGAUUCUGUUCUUCUGGCGCUCUACCUGAGGGAGCGCUCCAACUACAGGGACUACGGCACCGGCAGCAACUCGUACGGCGCCUCGCUGUUCGGACACCCGCUGCUGCUCAACGUGCCGCGCAGCAGCUGCAGCCAGGAGGCGCUCUACGGCCUGUUCCUGCAGAGGCUGGCGCGCUAUGUCCGACCUCCUGACCCUGCUGAGGAGCUAGAGGAAGAGGAGGAGGAGGAGCUGUAUAAACCCCAAACCAACGGCGUCAGUGACGAUGAGCAGGAUCGUCCAGAGGCCGCCGGACCAUCUGAACCAGAACCGUCUCCAAACGGCCCAUCGGACAACGCCGCCUCAGCAGAGGUCAACGCCUCCGGGGACCAGGGAGACACGGAGGUCAGCAACGGCUCCCAGAGCCUCGCCACCGACCCUAACGGAACCAACGCCUGCGGGGACCUGGGAGCGGAUUCUGGGCCUCCUGAUACCACAGAAGAAGAGAAGGAGGACCACAAGCAGGAGGAAGCCCGAUCCCCCAGUCCUCCAGCCAAUGAGCAUCCAGCAAAGAGGCAGGCCUGUCGCAGGAGGAGGCGGAGCCUGUUCACCAUCCAGGCCGUGAACUCCAACGGGACGACGGAGCGAGGGAUGGGGGAGGGGGGCAGCGCCGUGUCCUUCAGCUCUCAGCCGUACGUGGCCAUCGACUGGGACUCGGACAUGAAGAAGAGGUUCUACAAUGAGAAUGAGGCCGAGCGCUACGAGAAACACGCCAGCAUGGAGGUCCCCCAGCAGCAGAGCACGGUCCAACUGCAGGACUGCAUCGAGCUCUUCACUAACAUGGAGACUCUGGAGGAGGAGAACCCCUGGUAUUGUCCCGUCUGCAAGAAGCACCAGCUGGCCACCAAGAAACUGGACCUGUGGUCCCUCCCUGAGGUUCUGAUCAUCCACCUCAAGAGGUUCUCCUACACCAAGUUCACCAGAGAGAAACUGGACACCAUAGUCGACUUCCCCCUCAGGGAUCUGGAUUUCUCCAGGUUCCUCCUGAGGAAGGACUCGUCCAAUCAGGAGCCUCCAAGCCGCUAUGACCUCAUCGCCGUGUCCAAUCACUACGGAGGGCUCAGAGACGGACACUACACCAGCUACGCCCAGAACAAGGACAGCGCUCAGUGGUUCUACUUCGAUGACAGCAAAGUGACGGUGGCCUCAGAGGACCAGAUCAUGACCAGCGCCGCCUACGUCCUGUUCUACCAGCGCCAGGACAAGAUCCGCAAACCAACGCUGCCCGCCCCCAGCUCAGGCUCCGCCCCCAGCUCGCUGUCUGACGAUGACAUCACAGAGGCGGCCGCUGACUGUGAUCAGGCGCCGGACUCUCAGGUUGAUUCUUAUUGAUUUGGACCAGAACCGGUCCUGAUUCUGGAGGAACCGAGCAGCAAAAAUACAAGCUUUAAAGUUUUCUCCUCAGAUUAAAUCAAAUUACCAAUCUGCUGUUUUUGUUUUGUUUUUUUCUCCGUCUGAAAACAAUUUUUCUUUUUUCCAAACAUCCAGUUUGUGAUUUCAGGAAGAACUAUUCUGGUUCUGGCGCCGUGGGCCCAGUUUGGGCGGCGCCUCGGAACCGAUCUGUCAGGGAUUUUAAAACAUCUGUUUGUAUAUUUAGCUGUUUGUUUUUUUCUUCAGAUAUUUAUUUGUAAUGAUUGAUCUGAUCGGCUGGUGACAGGAUUUAUUUUCAUAUUUAUAGAUGGGGGGGUGUACAGUAUUUUUGUAAGUAAUGUCAGAUUAUUAUCAGAUUAUUAAUCCAGGGUGGAGCAGCAGGAACCACUGGGCUCAUUUCUGUCUUUUCUGUCAAAUAUCAGAGGAAAUUAUUUUAUUGUACUUGAAUCUUUUAUAUGAAUUAAAUGCUUCUUACCACCAGA